GAUCACGCUACUUCUUAUUUCACCACUCGAGUUAAUUUUUGGGUUUCACUUUCAGACUCUAAUUUCUAUCGGCAGACAAUUUCUAUUUAAUCUCCAAUGCCCAAGGUAGCAAAAGGGAGGAGACAGCGAGCAUACCGGCCAAAGACUAAGACGGGUUGCCUAACUUGUAGGAUACGAAGAAUAAAAUGUGACGAGUUAAAGCCCGCAUGUCUUAAAUGUACAUCAACUCGUCGGGUAUGUCCAGGCUAUUAUGUCCCAACCCUGGACCCAUCGCUUUCGGGUGACAUGAGUCUUAUCACGACAAACUCUUCUUUUGAUAUCCUCAGUUCCCCGCAAUCAAAGCGAUCAUUUGCAUUCUUCAUGCAAAGGACCUGCUCUCAAUUAGCCGGAUUUUUCGGCUCUGAUUUCUGGGAGAGACUUGUGCUUCAAACUGCACAUCAUGAGUCGGCUGUACGCCAUGCCGUUGUAGCCCUAGGCGCUAUUCAUGAAUUAUCAGAGCAGAAGGCGCAGAUCUCUGAUAUCGACAAGGCUUUUGCUUUAGAGCAAUACAAUUUUGCGAUCAGAGAUCUUUUAGCUCCUCUAUCUCGGAAUGAGAAGCGAGGCGUCGAUGUUUGCCUCAUCGCUUGCAUCAUCUUUGCUAACUUUGAGAGUAUGGCAGGGCACCGUGCUUCUGCAGGAGCACAUAUAAAAAGUGGCGCGAAGCUGCUACGUGAAACCGAAUGGGACCAGCAGAAUGGAAUGAUUCAUCAUCAAGCACUUGGUUCGAGAAGUCCUGUGGAUUUAUAUGCUUCUCCAGGAGCUCUAGCUAGGAUAUAUUCUGGGUUAGACAGAGAAUGUACAACAAUAAAAGGCUUUUUAGCCGAACGCUACGAGCCUUUAUUCUAUGAAGAUACACUCCCUCGAAUAAUAAAUGACAACAUUCCUGUAUUUUUUCGUAAUGUCGAAGAAGCUAAAAACUGUUUCGAAUAUGGUUGUUACCUAUUCCAGCGCAGUGUCGCACGCGCUGCUGAGCCUCCAACUGACCCAAUGAAUUAUCACGUCGAUUUCGAAGCCCGCGUAUGUCAGCUCAUUGAAAAUUUCGAAGCGUUACAUUUGAAGUAUUCGCAUGAACUCCAAGCAUUCAUAGAAGCAAGAGGUUCGUCUUUUACCCGGAAAGAAGAUAUUGCCGUUGCUGUUCUACAACUCCACUCGUUGGACAACCAUAUAUCAUGCUAUGUCCAAUACUUGCCUCCAACGCAUCGCUUACACUGGAGUGAAUUCAUGCCUCAAAUUCAGAGAAUGAUAAUGCUCGGUCAGAAAAUUAUCUCUUAUAUAUUAACCGACAGUAGCUGUGGAGAAUCAACCAUUUCCUUUAAUCUGGACAUGGGCGUUAUUAUUCCCCUUUAUAAUCUAGCCCGCCAUUGCAAAGAUCCUAUAAUUCGUCGACAGAUUAUUAGUCUUCUCCGCUCAUUUAAACGUCAGGAGGGACUUUGGAACAGUCUGCUGGUUGCGAAUGCUUUGGAUAGAAUUGUGGAAAUUGAAGAGAGUGUAUGGAGCGAAGUGAACGCUCACUCUGACCAGAUGAGACCGUUGAUUGUUGAUCCAAUCCUCGACUUAGACUCCAAAGGAGGUCGGCUGGUAUAUACACGACAAGGACAAGAAAUCAAUACUCAAAUCAAGAUAGUCGAGGAGAUGUUCACUUGGUGAGUCUGCGCUAUCAGGGCGUAGAUUCCAAGCUUGGACUAAAAUAUAGGAUACAAUCAAGAUGAAAAUAUUAUAAUGAUUCA